GGGACUGCACUCGUACUCCACCGGAAGUGCUGGCGAGCGGGCGCGUGCAAACCGCGAAGCUGUGAGUCGAGCGUGAGAACGUUGUUUACAAAGCGAAUUUCAUCACUACAAAAUAAUGUCACAGUUGCAGAAGCCCGUGCAGCAAACGCUAGCCCCUGGAGACAAAGAAAAAGAGAAAAAAAAGAAGGAAAGUAUACUUGAUCUUGCAAAGUACCUAGACAAACAGAUUCGAGUCAAGUUCAGUGGUGGUCGUGAGGCCACGGGUACUUUGAAGGGCUUUGAUCCACUACUCAAUCUAGUGCUUGAUGGAACAACAGAAUUUCUGAGAGAUCCUGAUGACCCACUGAAGCUGACAGAAGACACGCGACACCUGGGGCUAGUUGUGUGCCGAGGAACAGCAGUUGUCCUCAUUUGUCCUGCAGAUGGCAUGGAGGCUAUUGCAAACCCUUUUGUUCAGCAAGAGGCCUGAAUAUUUUGCAAGAAUUCUUUUCUGGGAAUAAAUGUAUGGAGUGUGUUUUAUGCUUGUUGCAGCACCAGUUGAUGCUGGAAAAAUUAUGAUUCAUAUACUUUAAUGGGAUAUUCACCUAGUACACCCUGUCUUCUGUUACCAAGCGCCAUAGUAAGAUGAGAGUAAAAUGUGUAUGUGUUGUUGAAAAAAGGGUGUCUGGUUAUCACUAGCUUGUAUAAAUAAAAUGGAGGAAUAUGCAAACAGUACAAACCUCCAUGGGUGAGAUUUGGUUUAAGAUUUUUUAAUCACUUUAAAUGUUUUAAGCUUUAGAUUGCACCUUCUGCUUUAUGCUGCAAUCUACCUAGUGGUCAUUUUUAUUAUUUCAAGAUCUUUUGAAAUGAUCUAGAGAGAUAUGACAGUUAUUUGAGUAAAGAGAAUACCAAUUUAAAAAUUACCAUGUUGCUCAAGAGACAAUGUUGACAAACAUUCAAGUCAGCUUCUCUGUUAAAUAUACAAAACAGGUCACUGUAGCUUCCUCCUUAAGAGUCCAUGGCCUUAGAUUAAUGAAAUGUGUGCUCAUGCCUUGUAGUGUGUAAGCAUGUAUAUAUGUGUGUGUGUGUCUAGUGAGAGGUGCACAUUGUGGAGUCUGUUAAGGUGCAUAUUGUUGUAUACUAUACUGUCAAACACUAUUGUAAACAUGAAAAUUCAGCUGACAGAUAAAUAGAACAAUGUCAAAAAAUUUUCAGGGUAAGUGCAUUUUUGGCUUUUUUUAAAGAAGUAUUCUACACAAAGAAAAUUGAACCAGGUUUAAGUAGGCUUUAUCAUGACAGCUAUGCUCAUGUGCAUAGUAGCCUUUACAUUUUGACACCUUUCUAAGUGCCAGCUAAGAAUUUGGAACCUAUAUAUUGGUGUAGAUUCUAAAUAUUAAUAGACAGUUAAACCAAGUCUCUAAUGUCCAGCCUUUUUCAGAGUGAGGGAAAAGGUGAAGAAUGUGAGGCAUGUGCGUGGCGCCAUCUUCACUAGUGUCAGGUCUUGUUUCUCUAAACCUGGCCAGGUAUGGGUUCUGGAUAGUUGAUAUCCAACAUACCAAAGAUGGUUGGCUACUUUGACUGCAUGGAAGAAACUCUGUCACUUGCUUCUACUACAAAUAAAUGCAGAAUAUACAACAUCUACUUCGUGGACCAUAAUUUGUGCUAAACACUGCUACAGUACUGUUUAAUGAGCAUUUGACAAUGACCAAUUUUAUUUGUCCCAGUGGGCAAUUUGAACAUGGAAAGGUGCUGUAGUCACAAAAGUAAAAGUUAGAAAUAAAAAUAGAAAUAAAGUUUGUUGCAAGGUGCAGCGUUAAAA